CUUGAACGUGAUGAUGAAACACAGGACAAAAGCUGCCUAACAACAAACACCAGGGCUCGGGUGGUCUCCUCCCCUUCAAAUAUGUACUUAAACUGUAGACAAUGACAGAGCCUGUUAAAGCAGCUAAAGGUCUACCACAACACAAAAAUGCCUUUAAAGGUCAAAGGCCAAAACAAGAGGAGUCCAUUAGAAAUCUCAAAGAUGUGACAAAGAGAACAGUUGCCCCUUCUGCUGAGGUCGAGUCAUUGCUUUCGGAGUUGGUCAACACAGUUGGAGCGGUUCUUACAUCAAGACCAACACAUGUUUGGCAGGUGUAUGGAGGGUUCCAGCGUAUAUAUGAUGCUAUUCAACGCAUUUUCUACCAUGGGUGUAAACACAUAGAUGUGCGGGGUAAUGCAGAUUUAUGGCCAUUUGUGGUUGGUCUACGGGUUCUCAACCCGACACUUGGGCCCUGUGUGAAGAUGACGACAACGCCCCAGCCUGCUGAUGAAUGGAUUCGUAUGUCUUUACAAAAUCUUCAACUGGCAGCUAAAGUUAAAGCACUUACAUCUGAUAGAGACCAUGUUAAGAAACAUUUUCAUCCAUGGGCAUUGAUGCGAUCACAGGAGCAUACCUCAGCCAUUAUAACUUGCCUUCGAGCUCUUGAAGAGAACUCACAGUCUGUCUUAGCUGACAUAAAUCCAAAGUUGCUUGUAGGGACAUAUCAACCACCACCUGGCACUACGUAUACAGCGAAGACUGAACCUGCCAACUCUGAGAGAUUACGAACCAAACCACUUCUUUGGGAUGCAAAAUCAUCUGGCGUGACAAGUAAAUUUGGGUUUGAUAAAAAGUCCACUUCAUCUCUACCCACCAGUCCGGUGACAGAUAAGGAAUGGCCAGCAGUAUGGUCACAUUCUAGUACCCAGAAAGGAAAUUUGAAUAGAGAGUUUUUAAAAGAUUCAUUGGCUCCAAGCAGCCCUUCUCGUUUAAAUGCUGUGGAAUCCUGUAAGAGUAAAGAGAUGCAUAGUAAAGUCAAGGGCCAAAGUACUGUGCUGUCAAAUGAGGGAAAAUCAAAAGAUUCCAUAGAUACCACAAAGCCCCUGAAAGUGAAUGAUUUGAAAACCCAAGACGUCACGCUUAUGCCACGAGAGAGCCCAGAUGGCAGUUCCGAUAGUUCAGACUGGCCUGCAACAAGUCCUGUUAAUCAGUCUCCCAUUUUUAUAGCAAAUGAAACUUCCCAAGUAUCCAGUAAUGCAGCUCUUACAACAAUAUCAAAACUAGUGCAUGGGAAAAAUAUCCAUGUUAUAACAAAUGAAACUGGAGCCAGACCAAAGGAAUUCUCUACUACCCCUAAGCCAAUUAUUCAACCAGUUAUUAAUAAGGAAUUUUUGGAUAUAAGUGAUAGUUGUAGUGGACCAGGGAGUAGUAUUUCUCCUAGCCUCUUGCAGGUUAACUAUGGAGGUGAAUACUCCACCAGUGAUGGGGACAGUAGCUCAGCUUAUAGCAUCCACAGACCAAAAGGAUGCACAGGGUUCAGAACUCCACAGUUACGAAGUAGGGCUAGUAGUGGUAGACUGGCGUCAGUACCUGCAGAUAGUGACCCAGAUAGUGAAGACACUGUAGAUGGGAAUUCUCAGGCUUCUCGGAGAAGGAGGCGACCCCCACCACUUCAACAGUCCUCUGUCAAGAUAUUAGUAGAUAGUCGAGGUGUUUUAAAGUCUGAAGGAGGUAAUCUUCAAAACAAUUCAAGUGAUUGUGUAAGAAAUAUUUCUGUCUCAAAUUCGUCUUCAGUUGAUCAUCUUACCAAUGUUGUACCUGUAACAUCAGGGCUACCACUGACCAGUGAUUUUCCAGUACCCUCUACUACCUCUGAUAUAUCAGGAAGUAACCUUCCACAUGUUAUGUCAACACCAGUGGUUGCUAAAAUUCCCCCUGAGUUUAUGGAAGAUGUAGCAUUAAGUGCUCCUGAGAGAAUUUUAAAACCAAAUUUGUUAUUAACUGAAGCAGCUAAAACAAAUAAAAAAACUCACAGUCGCUCUCGGUCAGAUGGAUCCCAAGAGUUGAUUGGCAAAUUACGGUUAUCACAGUCUAACACUGCUCCUGAGUUAGAAUCUAAGAUGAAAUCAGGAAAACUAGAAGUGUCCCAAAGAGUGACUGGUGCGAGUGCACCAAUUCCAGUACGUAAACGUUUUAUGGAAGAUGGGGGACACAGCAUAACACCAGCAGCUGACUAUGGAUUCUUCCCACGUCCUCAGCCAGGACAGAGCCUCAUAGGAUUCCUCUCAUCAAAAGAGUUUCACAAGCAGUAUGCUGAUCUUGACAGAGAAAAUGCUCAUUUUAACAUAUCUGAAGCUGUGAUUGCUGCAUUAACUCAGAUGCAGUUUGAUUCCUGGCAACAAAAUUAUUGUUCAAGUCCGGGAACAGCUGAUGAUAGUGAUGAAGAGAUUCGCAAUCUACAGGCUCAGAUUAGAGAGAAAAGAAAACAAAAAUUAUCAGGCUCUGUACAAUCAACAUCAGUUUCAACCACCACAGUAAUUGAAUCAACCUCUGAUCCUCAGACUUGGGCCUGCAACUCUCCAGUAAAGUUAGAGAGUACAACAGAUUACAGUGUAUAUGAGUCAACACAGAGCUCCCCUUAUAAUAGUGAGUCAGAUUUGAUCUCAGAGAUGGAGGAGGAGGCCACAGGGAAUGAUGGAUCAUCAAGCUGUGAAGAGACUCCAAUCUUACGAUCAAGGAGUACUUCAAAUAGUGGAGAGUUGUCCUUCAAGAGUGACAUAACAUCUGCAGAAAAUGUGGCCCUAAACCUGCUGAAACAUUUCAACGAACGGAGGCUUCCCAAAGCCUGUGAACUGGAGUGGCUAGUGUCUGAACAGGAUGUCCCACAAAAGCUGUUACCUUUACCAACAAGUGUAGCAAUUAGUCCUGAUGAUGGCGGGGCAACUAAGGAAUCCCAGUUACAAACUCAACUGCGUGGAACUUCUGACUGGGCUCCACCCCGUCCCCAGCUUAUUCUUACUCUCCACGCCAACACUAAACGCUCUGUGUUGAUGGGGACUCAAGGGUGGCGAUGUGCUGGCUGCGGAAUGAGAGUAUCAGAGAGUCUCAGCAGGCACUUCAGGCUCUGCAACUACCUAGGCCGGUACUUUUGUACUACUUGCCACAGUAACCAGACAGCUAUGAUUCCUGCCAAAAUUCUUCAUAAAUGGGACUUCAAAUUAUGCCCUGUUGCUAAUUUUUCUUCUGAACUAAUAAAAAGUAUGAGGAGUGAUCCCCUAUUUAAUGUUGAUGCGCUCAACCCUGGGUUGUACAAGCGAUGCAGACAUCUUCACCAGACAUAUAUCUACCGACUACAGCUGUACCACACACUGCCAUACAUCAACACUUGCAGCAGAGCCGAAAAGGAAAAGAGGAUGCUAAGUAAGGCACCUCCACACUGGGCUGCAGAACCUCACGCUUACUCUCUGGAUGAUCUCAUAUCGGUCAAAGCUGGUUUGCUAAUGAUAGAAAUGAAGAAUAUUGCCUCACAAUGUAUAGUUCAUAUUGCUAAAUGUCAGGUGUGUGUGGGACGAGGCUUCAUCUGUGAAGUGUGUGGGGAGGGGGAAGCCAUUUUCCCAUUUCAGUUGGAUUCUACUGCACUCUGUAAUACUUGCAGUGCUUGCUUCCAUGCUGGCUGCUUCUCUCCCCUCCGUUGUCCUCGCUGUAUCAGACGAGAGACACGGCGUUUAUCCCAAGAUCAUCUUGAUAAACCAGACUCCUAACAUUUGCUUUGGUUUGUUAAGUUGAGAAUCUUAAUUUUUAUUAAUAUAUUUAUGUCUACCUAUCAAUCUUGCCAUUUUCAUGUUGAAUAAUAUCUUACUGUCUAAACUAUCCAUCAUGUCAAGCUACUUACCGGUAUCUACAGUAGAUCCAUUAUGCCAAAAUAUCCCCUCUAUCCAUUAUGCAUAUCGAUCUUAUUCCAUCUAUCCAGCAAAUUGACAUCUAUAUAUCCCUGACUAUCCACCUUUAUCUUCUUAUUUCUUGUAUAUACAUUUAGCACUGAAGCUCUAGUUUAGGAAGCUUCUUACACAUGUGAUAGUUGCACCUAAUUACCGAUAAACUUUAACCAAAGAAUGCCAUUAUCCUUUCACAAAAUAUGAUCUGGUUCUUGUGUAAUGCUUGUAAAUAUUUUUACUGUUUGCUGAAAGAAUCAAAGCUGACUGCCAAAUAACAGUUCAAAUAGGUACUUGUUACUGCUUAUAAGCAACCAUUAGCCAAGUUGUUUGUGUAUUGUAAACCAAGAGCUAGUUUAAGCAGUUUGGUAAGCAAUUGCAGUGCUAAGUAGUCAAGUACCAUGACUGAUCCAUGCUAGUUAACUUCUUGCCAGGGAGUCAUCAUCCCACUCAUCACAGUAUACUUCAAGUGCUUCAAGCUGAAGUGUGAACUUCUGUUAUGUGUAGACCUAUGCAACUUGUCAUAUUUUGUGUGACCUGCUACAGUAGUGGCAAGUGAUUCUGUUGGAGCUGAAUAAUAAAUUAGACAGUCCAAGAGGUCAGAUAUACACAGAAGGUGAUACUUUGAACCUUAUAUAAAAAUAUAAUUUGUAUAUGUAUUGUGUAAUAAGACAGAUGACACAUUACAGCAGAUUAUGUUUGUGCAUAAAGAGAACUUGAGUGAAUAUAGAGGAAAUAAACAUUUAUGUACACAUUAAUAUUUCUGUUGCUCCAGUAUUAAAAAAUAUUGGUAUGGACAAUAGUUUAGUAAUUUUUAGAUUAUUUUAAUACACUGAUAGCAUGAUACAAUAAAUCCACCCGUUAAUGGCAUAAAUUAAGAGUUACUUGUCAAUUUAGGAAUUUUAUUAAUCCCACAAAAAUCAGAGUUUAACUGUACAGACACUCCCCGGGUUAGAGAACACUUGGUUUACAGAAAUUCGAGGAUACAGAAUGCCUCCCAUUAGUUCCAUUGCUGUAUAAAAAUUUUCAGGUUGCCCAAGAGUUUCUGUUAUUACGGAAGGUAACUAGAAUGGCGUAACAAUAAUAUUUGCGGAGGAUUGUGCAUAAGGUGGCUGAGAGCAUCCCCUUGUGAGAUGCCAUCUGUGAUUCAGUAUAGGGUACAGUACAUGUUUACCUUAUAGAAGGGUCAUUUUCAGUUUACAGAAAAUUUGGCAGCUGUGCCCAAGCUUUUGAAAAUUAUAAUAUUAAUACAAAACUCAUCAUUGAAAUUAACACUGGAUAGCACUCUGAAGUGUACAGUACUGUACAGUCUAUAUAAGAAGAACAGAUUUGAAAAGUGAUAUACUGAACAGUACAGUACUAUAUUAAUCAAAUACAGGUAAUUUAGUUUUCACAAAAUUGCAUUCUAAACUAUUAACAGUUAUUAUCCAUGAAAGUUUAUUAAUUGGGCUUUGGCUUAUUGGAGGGUGUAUUGUAUUUUUGGAACAAAGGUAUUUUAAGAUUUAUGUUUACAUAAUAAUAUUCAAUGGGAUAAUGCCACCCUAUUGAGGGAACCCCAUGAAUUGGAUUUACUAAAUAUAUUUGUAUGCUUAAAUGCUAUUUAAAUAUUAGAGUUUUAGCAAUGUAUAAUUAACGUGUUAAUUAUAUUUUUAAGGUUUUCAACAAUUUUGCACAUACUGUACUGCAUAAGAUUUUAAUUUUUUUUUUUAAUACCAGAAAACCCCUUACCUGUAUUUCCUUAACACCUCACUGUCAUGACUGACUACAUUUAAGCUAUUACUGGGUAAUGAAGAGGGCAACACUACACCUGAGUCAUGGAUGGAAACAAAGUAAUAUUGAUGUGACUAUGUUUCAGUUUAGUAUCCAUCCCAUGAACCAACAUCAUUUAGCUUACUUUCCUAAGAAUAAUACAUGUUCAAAGUAAAAAUAAAUGGUUAUUCCCAACUGUAGUCCACUGUUGUAAAUGAAAACAUAGCAUUAUUUAUUUUAUUUUAUUUAUUUAUUUAUUUUAUUUUUUUCAUUCGACUUUGUAUAGUAUAGGCGAAUGCUGUGUGUAAAAUUUUGAUGUAGUGGUUCCUUUGAACUUUUACACACUAUUUUGGGGAAAGUGCCUGGGUAUUGUCUCUUAUAGCUUUUGGGGAUUGUAUGUACAGUACAGUGCUUUAUUAGUACAGGUGUUAGAAUGUACAGUUGUCCACAUAUGUUAUACUGUAUUCCUUGUCUGACAUACGACUUGGUACAUAUGACAACACCGCAGUGAGAGUUGGGGUGGAAUGGUGGAGAGGGACAACAGAGUCGAACAAUUUAAUUAUAACACAAAUACGUUAGGUCUAGAGGCCAUCCCCCAGUUGGAUUACCUUGACUGCAGCGGUGCCACAUGUACCAGGUUAAGUGAGGGGCGAGGAACAUAACAUUUGCGGGCAGGUGUACAUCUAACCCAUCCAAUGAAUAUUUUUAUGGUGUGACAUAUUAGAGUCGUGUCACCUACAGAUAUUUCCUUCAUACCUGAGGUUUACUUGACUUCAUAAUCUCUAUUUUAAUUUUUAGGGGGAAGGUGAAAGGAUAAAUCCAGCAGCUGUGUAUUCAAAGCUAACUUUUCAGCAAGAAACAAUGUAUUAAGGGGGAUGUAUUCCUGACCAGGAAUUUUGUGGGUACUUGGGGUGAUUUUUCAUAGAGAAACAUUUACAAAUUGGUAAAAGCACAUGGUGUUACUUUUUUUAUUACAAGAACAUAGCAAAAAUAUGAAACAUUUUGAAACAAUUUAAAUUUUGGUCACAAAUUAAAUUUUGAUACGUAGAUUGAAAUUGCAAUACGUACCGUAUAUGAAUUUGGGAUAAACUUGGUCGAGCUGCACCUGUUUUAUUUCUUUUAUUGACUUUAUUAUUUGAAAUGGUAGUUUUAUUUUAUGUUGUGAUUUUCAUUGGAUUUGUUAUGAAAGGAUUUUGUAGUGAGGACCAGUAGGGUGAGUAGAGGUCCAGGAAUGUUUCCUUGUUAAAUGUGGUAUAUAUGAUAAAUGGAUUUCUUUAUACAAAGUUGCCUUUUCCGAUUUUUUUUUAACACAACCCUUGCAUAAAGCAGAGAAAACCACCAAAUCAUUGACAUAAACAUUCAUGGUUUGUUGUUUUGUGGCAGACUAAUUAGAGAAAGUAUUUUUAUGUGGCAAAGUGUUUAAAUUACCAUAUUGAGUCUUGCACAGCCAUUUGAGGAGUUGUGUGCUUUGGCUGUAGCUUCCUGUAUACAUUCAGCAGUGAUCAUAGUUCUCCAUCUCCAAUUUUAAUUACUGUACUGCAGAAUUUGCAGUUUGAUUAUGAUUAAAGAGUACUUUAUCAAUUAUCAUUAAUUUGAAACAAGAAUACAAUUUAAAAAACAUGCUAAGCUUAUCAGCUAUGAAGUGUAACCAGGUCCAUGGGAAGCCUGGUGAAUGUGUAAUAACUAACUGACUGAGUUCAGAUUCUCAGUUGUUUUGACAAUAAAUAAUCCUCGAGAGUGAAGACAUAAGAAUGGACCUACAGUAUUUGGUUGACUUAAGCUAAAUUGCAUGUAUGAAAUCAAUGUUAACACUGAUUAAUUAGAUAUUCACUUCAUACCAGUUCUGAAUAAAAUUAACUUUCAGAAUAUAUAUCUGUUCAGAGCUAAGAGGGAGGCUGGGUAUUGAGAGUACAGUACUGUAUUCGCAAAAUCCUGUGAAAAGGAAGGCUGAAAUGGUUUGGGCAUGCGGAGAGAAUUGAUGAGACCAAUUGAGUCAAAAGGCAAAAAUGAAAGUGGGUCCCAUAGGCAUGACUGCCCAGGGCAGUGUGGAUACAGCACACUGUAUACUGUACUAAGCCUGAGGUACACGAGGAGAAAGCAUGGCCAGUACUGCACUCGACCACCUUCACGUCCCCAAGUUGUAAACUAGGUACCCAUUUACAGUUGGAUGAACUGGGAGCACCCGGGAAUCGAACCACCAAACCCUGGAACAGGAGGCGAGUGCUGUAUUUACUUGACCACCACUGACCUUGGGUCAAGAGGUACACAAGCCUAAAUGCAAAGGGGGGGAGGGGGGGGGGGAGCCAGGAGUAGGUAGACCAAGAAUGACAUGGGAGAGGUUGUAAGAAAUAACUUUUAGAGUUAGGAACCCGACAAGAGAGACUGCAAGAGACCAUGCAGCAUGGAGAGCUGCCGUCAGGUAACUGCAGUUAACCUACGCAAGCGUGGAAAAUGGCCAUAAAAAAUGAUGAUGAUGCUCAACCAUUGUAAUUGGAGAUACAGCAGCUAUUUUACUAUGUUUUAGAAUAAAGCCUUGUUUUCCACGUGAUUAAAAUCUGAGAGUAAUGCAGUCAGUUAUGUUGUGGCAACUAUUGGGACACAUUACAGCUAUAUGUGUAGUGGGAGCUUACAGUACAGAUUUAACAUCAGUGGACUUCAUCUGCAAUGGUUGUUGGCUUGGACAAUAAUUACCAAAUUCACAUUACAGUACUGUAUUGUUGAAUUACUACACAUUGAUUCCGAACCGUUUCUUAUGCACAUGCUUACAGUAUGCAUAGAUUGCCAAAAUGAUUGCAGAAGAAUUACUGUGUAGGUAAAUUGGCUAUCUAAAUACUGUACCUUAUAUUAAUAUACAGUACAGUACAAUGACACUUCUCAUGUACUCUUUACUGUGUUAAAAGAUAUAAUUUAUUGAAUGAUGAUGUUAUAUUCAAGGAUAGUACAUGGAGAAAGUUAGCUUUUGUGUGGUAUCAUUAAAUGUUUAAAUCAUGUACAGUAUGUGGUAUUUAUUUUGGUGUUUGCUUGGUGUCUAAACCCCUCCCCCCUUAGGGCAGUGUUUCCAAUCUUUUCGAAUCACUCGACAAAACUUUUUUCCACCUCCGAAAGUGUCAGUUUGUUUGUAACUUUGACAGUAAAUAUUCUUAUUUCUAUAUAUAUAUAUAUAUAUAUUUUUUUUUUUCACUCAUAUCUUCAAAGAUAAUGUUUUCAAGCAGUUAUACUGUAUCUUUACAUACAUUAAUUUGGGUAUUAAAAUGAGACUCAACUGAGUCUCAAUAGUUAUAUACGAAUUUAUUUGCUAUACAGUAUAUCAGUAUUAAUCGAACAUUGUGUAUGAGCCAAUGAGCUGCAAGGGCUUGUACAGUCUAGUAAAAAGAAACCGACUACCUGUAUUGAUAAGAUGUUUCUCGUAACUGCAUUUUUCACAAGUUCAUAACAGACUCCACAAUAAAAUUAGAUGAAUCCCAGUUAUAUGAAAAGUUGUAGGAACAUGAUUUGUCAUUUUCUUUAAGAUAGGAUACACUGUUCCUUACAAUUUAUUAUUUUCAUAUUAUUUGUUUCUUUAGUUUUUAGAGCUUAUGUUAAUUUAUGUAAAUAAUAUAUAUUUUAAAUACAGACUAUAAUAAUUGUUUAAUGCUAGCACAAUGGCGGCCUUACCACAGGAUGUAUACAUUUCUUUAUGUUGGUAGGAACUGGUUAUCACAUUUACACAAUGACUUUAUUUAUACUAUACAUUAUAUCUUUUUCAUACUCAUUCUAUGUAUAAUUUAACUUCCAAAGCCUUAUAUUUUUUCAAAGAUGUAGCCUUAUGUGCUUCAAAUAAAGGUUCCCUUUAAACAAAA